AUGCCUGCGAAGAAAACCAUCAAGGAGCCCAUCGAAGACACCAAGGUUCCGACGCUGAGGUACUGGACGGUCCGGUUGAGGGAAAUCCAAGCUUCCUUCAAUGACAUCUGUGAGUUUGUAGAGGGUUUCACAGAUAAUACUACUGCAGCUAUGGUGGAAGUUAGGUUGUCCGCUAUCGAUGAACUUUGGGAAAAAUUCUGCGAGGUACUGGUCGAGAUCAAAUCCCACGACGACUUUGCUGGCGAUGAAACGGGUUUCGACAACGAGCGGAAGGAGUUCAGCAAUCGCUAUUAUUUUGCGAAAUCCUUCUUGCUGGACAGGGUUAAGGCUUCGAAUGAUUCUACGGUUCUGGACAACUCAAGUCGCGCUGCAGAUUUAUCAGCUCAAGGUGGUUUAGAUCACGUCCGCCUGCCGCAGAUAAAGCUUCAGAGCUUCGACGGAAACAUCGACGACUGGUUGAGCUUCCGGGACCUCUACACUUCUCUCAUCCACUGGAAACAGGAACUUCCGGAUGUAGAGAAGUUCCACUACUUAAAAGGUUGUUUAUUGGGGGAGCCGAAGGCCAUGAUCGACCCUCUGAAAAUUACGAAAGCCAAUUACCAGGUGGCUUGGGAAAUGCUCUUGAAACGCUAUAACAAUAGCAAGCAGUUGAAAAAGCGUCAAAUCCAAUCGCUUUUCAAACUGCCCACUCUCACCAAGGAAUCGGUCGGCGAAUUGCAUGUUCUGGUUGAAGGUUUCGAACGCAUCGUGAACACUUUAGACCAGGUGGUUCAAUCCUCCGAUUACAAGGAUCUUUUGCUGGUUAAUUUCUUGGUUUCGCGUUUGGAUCCCAUAACACAUAGAGCGUGGGAAGAGAGUUCAGCAGCGGCAGAACAGGACACCUUGCAGGAACUAACUGAAUUCCUUCACCGGCGAAUAAGGGUUUUAGAAUCACUUCCUCCCAAACCAUCCGAUUCUAAAAACGUUCAACAAGUUUCAACGAAGCCCAAGGUUACCAGAACUGGACAUUCAGCGGUGCAGUCUUCCGGGAUUGUCUGCGCAGCCUGCAAGGAGCGACACUUAUUGCAUUUGUGUCCAAAAUUCCAAAAACUAACGGUGAUGGAACGGGAUGCCAUAUUGAAGACGCACAAUCUUUGUCGGAACUGUUUUCGGUCGGGUCAUCUGGCUAGGGAUUGCCAGUCCAAAUUUUCCUGUCGGCAUUGCCAGGGUCGACAUCAUUCCAUGGUUUGUUUCCGGUCAGAGAAAGGGGAUCGAUUGGCGAUCAGCGAAAGGAGUGGCAAUUCUACGGCUCAUUCUUCACACACCAGAGAACUUCUUCCGGCCAACACGGAAUCGGAAUCCAAGGUGGCGAAUACGGCGGCCACAACUUGUCAAACUGCCAAGGCAAUCAACUCCAAAACUUCUCACGUGCUAUUGGCAACAGCUGUUGUGCAAUUGGAAAACGAUAUGGGUAUUCGGUUCCCCGCUCGAGCGUUACUCGACUCCGGUUCCGAGAGUAAUUUCAUAACUGAGCGAUUAUGUCAGCGGAUGGCGCUAUCCAGGAAAAAUGAGGACAUUUCCAUACUGGGAAUCGGUCAAGCAGCUACGAGCGUCAAAUUCAGCGUUACAGCGAAGCUGUGUUCCAGGACUACUAAUUUCUCUCGAGAACUCAAGUUUCUCGUACUUCCAAAGGUUACUUCCAAUCUUCCCACCUCGACUAUCAACACGGAAACAUGGGUGGUCCCUGAAGAUAUCGAGCUAGCGGAUCCGGCGUUCUUUGAAUCCAGCAAGGUGGACUUAGUUCUCGGGAUCGAAUCCUUUUUCGAAUUCUUUGUAAGUGGUCGAAGAAUUCCCUUGGGCAAGCAGCUUCCUACUUUAACGGAAUCCGUAUUUGGCUGGGUGGUCUGUGGAGGAGCUGCAACUUCCGGUUCAGCAGUCAACGUGCGAUGCAACAUGUCGGUGAAUGAAUCCUUAGAGCAACUCGUAUCUCGGUUCUGGGAGUGCGAGGAAAUUGGUUCGGCGAAAACAUUCAGCAAGGAAGAAAAACGGUGUGAGCAGCAGUUUAGUUCGACGGUUCAGCGUAGCUCCGAUGGUCGGUAUACAGUGAGCUUACCCAAAAACGAGGACAUCCUUUCAAAACUUGGCAACUCAAUGGAGAUUGCCCUCCGACGACUGGCUGGAACGGAACGAAGGCUGGACAGGGAUCCAGAUCUUCGCAAGGAAUACAACACUUUCAUGGAGGAAUAUUUGCUGCUCGACCAUAUGCGAUUGGUGAGGGGGGAUGAUACAGUCCAGAGAUGCUUUUUGCCGCAUCACCCGGUCAUUAAGGAGGGAAGCACCACUACCAAGGUUCGCGUGGUGUUUGACGCUUCCUGUAAGACGUCUACAGGAAUCUCACUCAACGACGGUUUACUGGUGGGGCCAGUAAUUCAGGAGGACUUGCGCUCCAUCAUCUUGCGAAGUCGGUCCAAGCAAGUCAUGAUCGUGGCAGACGUGGAAAAGAUGUUCCGACAGAUAAGGCUCCAAGAAUCAGAUCGACCGCUUCAAUCAAUACUUUGGCGACCACCAACCUCGAGGGAAGUCAACGUUUACGAGCUCAACACCGUCACUUACGGGACAAAACCGGCUCCGUUUUUGGCAACCCGCACAUUGCAGCAGCUCGCGAACGAUGAGCGACAUAGGUUUCCACUGGCGGCCAAGGCGUUCACAGAGGAUACCUAUAUGGACGACGUGAUAACUGGCGAAAGGGACACAGAAGCAGCACUCGAGCUGAGGAUUCAGCUGGAAAAUGCUGCUGCAGCAGGAGGAUUUCGACUUCGAAAAUUUGCUUCCAAUUCUCGGCGAGUUUUGGAAGGCAUGUCCGAGGAAUAUGUAGCUAUCAAGGAUCCAGCGAUUGAUUUGUCAUCAAAUUCAUCGGUGAAAAUUCUUGGGUUGACAUGGUUGCCGAAAUUCGACUCCUUGAUGUUCCAGUUCAACAUUCCAUCGUUUGAAAAACCGGGAAAGUGGACCAAACGACAAAUUCUUUCUGUGAUUGCCUCGCUUUUGAACCCACUCGGCUUGCUAGGUGCAACUGUAACCACUGCAAAAAUCUUUAUGCAGUUGCUUUGGACACUUCAGGACGACAAAGGAGAAAAAAUCGAUUGGGAUCAUCCAUUACCUUCAACGGUGGGUGAGAUCUGGUGCCAAUAUUACGCGAAACUACCACUGUUGAACGAAAUAAAGGUUGAUCGUUGCGUAAUUUUACCGGAAGCAGUUCGUAUGGAGCUGCAUUGUUUCUCCGAUGCAUCUGAAAAGGCGUACGGCGGGUGCAUCUACAUCAAAAGUAUUGGCGAGCGUGGCGAGGUUCGAAUUGGUCUUGUUUCCUCAAAAUCUAGAGUUGCACCCCUGAAAAGCCAAUCAAUUCCAAGGCUUGAGCUCAACGGCGCUCUUUUAACGUCGGAGCUGUUUGAGAUGGUGAAGGGAUCGAUGAGAUUCGAAGGGCAGGCGUAUUUUUGGACAGAUUCUACCUGCGUUUGGCGUUGGUUGCAAGCUGUUCCAUCUACUUGGUCAACAUACGUAGCGAACCGGGUCAGCAAGAUUCAAAAUCUCACCGACGGAUACAAUUGGAGACACGUCCCUGGAAUCGACAAUCCUGCGGAUCUUAUAUCCCGUGGGAUUUCGCCCGAGGAAAUUGGAAACAAUCGACUGUGGUGGCAGGGACCUCCUUGGCUGCAAUUCGAAGAAUCAAACUGGCCGGAUUACUUCGAGAAUUGUAACGACGAGACGGGAGAAGAAGAGAGGCGCAAGACGAAGGUGGUGACAGUUGGAGUUUCCAAAAACACGGAAUUCAAUUCGUGGUUUUUGGAACGAUAUUCAAACUACAACGUGCUGAUUCGGCACACAGCGUAUUUGCUACGGUUGCGGAGGUUUCUGCGCCUACGAAAAGCAGUAAAAUUUGAAUCUUUUCUUUCAACAGCUGAAUUGUUUGAAGCCGAAAACGCAAUUGCUCGUUGCGUUCAAUUAGAAUGUUUUCCGGAUGAAUUCCAAGCACUUUCGAAAGGAGAAAAUGUACCCAGAAGAUCACCGUUGAGAUGGUUCAACCCUUUCCUAGACCAGAAUGGAAUCAUCAGAGUCGGAGGACGGAUUAAGAACUCAGCUGAACACUGGAACACCAAACACCCAAUUGUACUUCCGGCACGUCAUCAUUUGACCAAAUUGAUUUUCGAAUAUUUCCAUCAUCGUUUGCUGCAUGCUGGGUUGCAGCUUCUUUUAGCUACAGUUCGGCUUCGGUUCUGGCCCUUGGGCGGAAGGAAUUUGGCCAGACAAAUCAUCCACAAAUGUACUAUCUGCUUUAGAGUUCGACCAACACCUGUCCAACAGUUCAUGGGGGAACUUCCGGCGGAUAGAGUAAGAAUAGCUAGGCCCUUCAAGAAAGCGGGGGUGGAUUACUUUGGUCCCGUUUACCUUCGCCCUGUCCCACGUCGUGCUGCUGUAAAGGGCUACGUUGCGGUUUUCAUCUGCCUGUGUACAAAGGCCGUACACCUGGAGCUAGUCUCCGAUCUCUCGACGGAACGAUUUCUUCAGGCAUUUCAUCGAUUUGUUGCCAGACGAGGGAGAUGCAGUGACGUUUAUUCCGACAACGGUACCAAUUUCGUCGGAGCGCGGAAUAAACUGAAGGAAUUGUUCGCUCUACUGAAAGACCAGAGACACCGCGAGGAAAUAACGAAGGAAUGCAGCAGAUCAGGUAUCCAGUGGCACUUCAACCCUCCUGGAGCUCCGCACUUUGGAGGACUAUGGGAGGCCGCGGUGAAGUCGACAAAGAAGCACCUAUUACGAACCAUCGGCGAGACACCAGUGUCACCUGAAAACUUUGCGACUUUAUUAACACAGGUGGAAGCAUGCCUAAAUUCUCGUCCAAUCACAGCACUCUCGGACGAUCCAAACGACCUCGAACCGCUAACACCGGCACAUUUCAUUAUCGGGGAAUCGUUUGAAGCUUUGCCGGAACCAGACUUCACGAACGUCAAGGACUAUCGUUUGAGCGAGUUGCAGCUGAUGCAGAAACAUCUCCAAUCCAUUUGGAGAAGAUGGAAAACGGAGUAUUUAUGCCAACUCCAAGCACGGUCUAAACGGUGGAAACCUGCAUUGCCAAUUCAGGUUGGCCAACUGGUCGUUAUUGUGGAGCAGAAUCUACCGCCUUGUCGCUGGAAGAUGGGCCGCAUUGAAGAGGUGCAUCCUGGUACUGACGGAGUUGUUCGGGUUGUGACUCUAAAAACAGCUUCUGGGUCGUUGAUGCGUCCUGUCGAGAAAAUAUGUCUAAUGCCAAUCGCCGAAAACAAAAUCACGAUGCCAAUAGAAGAAUCUCCAAACGAACAGUAG